AUGGAGUCUAGCCAAUCCAACACUAAUGCCUCAGGAAGUGCACCUUCCAUUCAACCCCAAACAGAACCCCAAUCCCAAUCCCAAACAGAAACAGAAACUGAAACCCAAUCACAAGUACACUCAGGUACUGUGGGAGGGAAGAGGAAGCCCCCAAAAUCUGUUGUGUGGCAACACUGCAAGAAAGUCCACAAGAAAGAUGAUAAUGGGAUCGAUAAGGUACUUGCAGUUUGCAACUAUUGCAAAUUAGAGAUGCCGGGUGAUUCUAGGAAAAAUGGGACACCCGGUAUAAGAAAUCAUCUAGAGAAGAGAUGCAAGCUCUCUCCUCUUUUUGAGAGUGGAGAUAGAACUCAAUCGAUCUUGACAAAUGUCACUAUGGGCGGUCAAGCACAAUUGGUUCCCCACACCUUUAAUCAACAAAGGUGUGAAGCCAAAUGUGUGAGGUAUGUCAUUAGGGAUGAGAUCCCUUUUAGGCAUGUUGAGGGUGGAGGGUUUAAGGAGUUUGUGUAUGAGUUAAACCCUAAAUUUAAGAUCCCUAAUAGAAAAAAGAUAGCUGCUGGAGUUUGGGAUUUGUUUUUAGUUGAGAAGGCCAAAAUAAUGAGUGUGAUAGGUAAUCACAGGGUAAGUAUCACAACUGAUACUUGGACUUCGAUCCAAAACAUCAACUACAUGAUAGUCACAGCUAAUUUUAUGGACAAUGAGUGGAAUUUGCAUAAAAGAAUUAUCAAUUUCACAAAGAUCAUCAGUCACAAAGGUAUUGACAUAGGCAAGACUUUAUGUGCAUGUUUGAAUGCUUGGGGAAUUGUAAAAUUGUUUAGCAUUACGGUUGACAAUGCUUGGGCAAAUGAUGUGGCGGUUGUGUAUGUGAGAAAUAGGAUGAAGGAUUUUAAUAACCUUUUACUUGAUGGGAAGUAUUUGCACUUGAGAUGUGCAUGUCAUAUCCUUAACUUGAUUGUUAAGGAUGGGUUGAAGGAGCUUCUUAGCUCAAUCGAGGGGAUAACAAAUUGUGUAAAAUAUAUUCACUCAUCCCUAUCAAGGUUAGAUUCUUUUAGGGACCAUGCCUUAAAGAUGAGGAUGGAUGGGAUGACAAAUGUGCCAAUGGAUGUGGUGACAAGGUGGAAUUCAACUUAUAAAAUGUUUGAUUGUGCUUUCAAGUACAAGCUUGUGUUCAAUAGGAUGGCGACGGAAAAUGUAGCUUUUCAAGCUUACUUUGAGGAGAUAGAUAAGGAUGAGAUGAAGAGAGUGGGUCCUCCGAGUAAUGAAGAUUGGGAGAAGUCAAUCUCAUUUGUUCACUUUCUUAAAAAAUUCUAUGACACAACCUUGAAACUAAGUGCAACCAAAACGGUUACAUCCAAUAUAAUUUUCCAUGAAUUGGUUUGUUUACAAGUUGAGAUUGAACUCAAAAUGAGUGAUCCUAGAGAUCCGGUCUUGCAAAGGGUGGCUUCAUCAAUGAAGAAGAAGUUUGACAAGUAUUGGGGGAGUUUUGAAAGUGUGAACAAGAUGAUUUUUGUAGCAUUAGUGUUAUACCCAAGAUUUAAACUUCAAAUGCUUAAGAUAAGCUUCCAAAAUCUCAAGGCCGAAGAAAACAAGAUAGAUGAGGUUGUGUGUGAAGUGAGAACAUGCUUGUUGAAUUUGUAUAAUGAGUAUAGAGGGGCAGAUGGCUUAGUGAGCCAACCAAUGAAUGAAGGCGAAGAUGAGAAUGUUGGAAAUGAUCUUGAAGGCUAUGAUGAUGUUCAAACCAAAAUUUUCAAACUCUUGAAUUGGUGGAAAGGCAAUGAGAGUAGAUAUCCAAUUCUUUCAAAGAUUGCCAAGGAUAUCUUUGCAAUCCCAAGCUCAACCGUUGCUAGUGAGAAUGCCUUUAGCCUAGGCAAGAGAAUUGUUGAUCCUUUUAGAGGUUCAUUGACACCUAAAAUGAUAGAAGCAUUAGUGUGUACUAGUGAUUGGCUUAAGGCGGAUGAAUUUUGCUUCUACAAGGAACCAACGGAUGAAGAGCUUGCAUUCUAUGAAGAACUUGAAGCACUUGAAGCAAAUGUGGCCGGUACUCAAACUUCUACAACACUACCUCCUCGAUUUGAUUCCACAUCAUCAUUACCUACUAUUUGA